GCUCGCCUGCCCCGUUUCUCAGCACCCUCUCCGUAAAAAUUAGCGAAUAGCCUACUGCAGCAAGAAGUAAGUGUAUGAGUGUGAAUGUGUGCGUAUGUGUUUGCCAGGAUCAAGAGGAAAAGCGGGGAUUAAUAUUUAUAAAAACCUUUCAUCGGGUUGCUGAAAGCAGAGAUGGCAACCAUUCGGAAGAAGCUGGUGAUUGUCGGGGAUGGAGCAUGUGGGAAAACAUGUCUUCUCAUUGUUUUCAGUAAAGACCAGUUUCCUGAAGUCUACGUCCCGACAGUGUUUGAGAACUACAUCGCUGAUAUCGAGGUUGACGGAAAACAGGUGGAGUUGGCGCUGUGGGAUACUGCAGGCCAAGAGGACUACGACAGGUUGAGGCCUCUCUCUUACCCUGACACAGAUGUCAUCCUCAUGUGCUUCUCCAUCGACAGCCCAGACAGUUUAGAAAAUAUCCCUGAGAAGUGGACGCCUGAGGUGAAGCACUUCUGUCCCAAUGUUCCUAUCAUCCUGGUGGGGAACAAGAAGGACCUGAGGAAUGAUGAGCACACACGGAGAGAGCUGGCCAAGAUGAAGCAGGAGCCGGUGAAGACUGAAGAAGGCAGAGACAUGGCCGGCAGGAUCAGUGCUUUUGGCUACUUGGAGUGCUCUGCCAAGACCAAGGAUGGUGUGCGGGAAGUGUUCGAGAUGGCCACUAGAGCGGCGCUGCAGGUCCGCAAGCGCAAAAAGAGAGGCGGCUGCACGCUGCUGUGAGCAGUCGACGCGCCAUAACAUCAACUGACCAAUAGGAGAGAAAAAAAAAUCACUUGAAAAGGACUGACCUUUUACCAAAUUGCAUCUUUGUACUGUAUCUCACAUUUCACAAUAACAGGCAGGCAGAUGAAUCGAAUGCAAACAAACCGAAUACAGGAAAUUGACUUCAUCUAUAUUACAACCAUGGUUAGAAAUUGAUGUUUAAAGUUGAUUUGCAUUUUUUUCCCUCCAAACUCUGUCUUUACACAAUGUUUUCCUACUUUGUUUUUCUUUAUUUGUAAUGUAACGAGGCAGUGAUAGAUGCACAUAUUUGUAUGCAAUAUUGUCCUUCACGAGCUUGAGCAAGCAUUAUCCUUCUUAGCUUGUAUAAAGUCUUCAUGAGUAAGGUCCAGACUGUCCUGUUAGUAUCACUUCUGUUUAUCAUGGUAGUCCCGAUCUUUGGAUCAUAAGAGCUAGUGCCUUUUUCUUUCUUUCUUUUUUUAAGUUUGUACGACACUGUACUUCUCAUGCUUGUCAGCUAGCUUACAUUUCAGCUGAUGGGCUCUCCAUUGUACUGUAGCUAGUGUUGUCAUUGUGAAAUUUGAGCAAAGCCAUAACUAAGGUUUUCAGUAGCUGCCUCAUGUAAAAGUAAUUAGAGAUAAAAUCAGAUUAUUCACAUGCAUCCUUCAUAACUAUAGUUAAUCUGUGCAGUGGAAUUAGAUGGGUGGUGAGAACUGGCCAAUUGAGACACAAGCCAAUAUGACUCAACUAUGCACAAUGGCUGUUAGGACCAACAGGGAGCUGAAACAGAAAUAAAAGCCAAAGCCUGGUGAAACCUCCCUUGUUUGUUA